UGGUCACAUGUGAGGGAUUCUUGCCAUUGGUUUUUGCUGAAGAUUAGAAAUGAACUUUGUCUCAGUUCCUCUUACAAAAGGACAAGUGAGUCGCUGCUUGAGUGUGUGUGUGUGUGCCUCGGCUGUUGAAAACAUCGCUGAAAUACAACUGCUCUUAUCAAUUGCCUCCAAAUAAACUUGGACAUUAACACCUGAAGGUUUUUAAGAGUGAGCUGGUAUGAAGAUCGGACACGGAACAGGAAAUGGGUCCCAGUUGAUUUGACAAUCCUAUCAUUGGGGAGUUUCACUAAAAGGAAGUAGCCUGGAAGUCAUUGUGCAGAUACAGGAGCAGCAUGUAUGAGAGCAGAUCCGCAGACGGUGGAUGUGAAGCAGCUGUCAUCAGUGACAGCAGUAUUGACGCCCACAGCAGCAGUACAGUCACAAAGGGCAUCAUUGUGGAGAGACUGUCUCGGUAUGGGCUGCAGGUCAUGCCCAGUGCUUCCCAGCGUAGGUCGAGGCUGCAGAGGCAGCAAGAAGUCGUUGACAGCUCCGGGCAGCUGCAGAGGGAAGUCCCGGAGCGAGCGUCGCUCACAGCUGCUAUGCGUAAGAAACUGCUCAAAGAUCUGCUUUUCAGAAACUCCUCAAACAGCGGCUUUAAUAGCGCACUGUCCUCACACACUCCUCCCAGCGCGACCCCCUCAGAGGAGGACGCAGAGUGGGCUCUGUACCCGAUGGAGCACGCGUGGAUGCUUUCUGCAGCUGAAGGGAACUAUGACACCCUCUUGGAGUUCAUCUCCGUGGAUCCCGGUCUGCUAACGAGGAGGGAUUUCAUCAGCGGGUACUCGGUCCUGCACUGGCUGGCCAAGAGAGGACUGGACGAGAACCUGGUCAAACUUUUGCGUUACGCGGAAACCGCGGGGAUAGCAGUGAACGUGAACCAGCGGGGCAGCGGCGGCCUCACCCCGCUGCACAUCGCCAGCAUGCACGGACACUACAUGGUCGUCAAACUGCUGGUGGGAGCUUUCGGGGCCAAUGUGGACGUCAUGGACUACAGUGGGAGAAGAGCGUGGCAGUAUUUGAGGGGAGACGCGCCGCCGGAGAUGAAGGAGCUGCUCGGGACCUUCGAUGAGGAGCACGGUGUGGGGUGUGGACUCCCUGACAACCAAAACAACAACAACACCGCGGCCAACGCCACGGACGUAACCUUCGGUGAUGAGGUCGAUGGUGGAGACACUGAGGAAGUGAACUUCUUCGACAGGACUCAGAGAAUCGGCAGCUGGAGAUUCGGGUCUCUCAGAAAAAUGCUGCCAUCCUUUUCAUUUCUGGGAAACAAAAGUUGAGCAUUUCUUUACAUCACUAAUUCUGUGAAUUCCUGCCCAGAGCAGAGAUUCACUGCAAACGUAUUUCUGACCAAAUCAUGUUCGAGUCCUUUCUUCUAAUGUAAAAUGUUUUGAAAAGUCAAGGUUUUAAUUACUACAGAGCAGCUACCUGCCUUGUUCUUUUAAUGUUAUUUGGGAAGAUUUGAUUACAGGCAUGAUUUGGAAAGACAGACAUUGACAACAGUGAUAACAAGCCAAAACAAAAGGGAAUCCAUAAUCCACUCAAGACAAAUCCUGCCUGCCUGUAAAGCCACAACUAUGCAUUUACCAUCACUAAACCUAGUUUAAAUAAAAA